AUGACUCUACACUGGACACGACAUCGUAGCGCUGAAACCUCGGACGACGACAUUAGCGUUGAACUAGCGGUUCUUCGACAACAUUGGAAACAAAUUUUAUUAAUAUUUCAAAAACCAUUAAUCGAUCAAGACGAUAUUAGUUGUGUUUUAUCACAUUUUCAACAUGCAGUUACAUUACUUACCGAUGAAGUGGCUAUUCAAGAUCGACCUGGUCCUAUACUUUUAUAUUUUAUUAGUGAAGCUAUUCUUGAUACAUUCUUUGUUUGGUCAUUAAGUUGUCCUGAAUAUGCAUCCGAAUUAAAAUAUCAUCAAUUACGUUGUUUUGAAUUUCUUCUUAGUCGAUCACAACAUGAACUACUCUUUCAUAAACAAAUUUUUAAACCAUUACUUAAUCUUCUUCGAUCAUGUGAAUCAUCAUCAUCAUCAUUAGACCAUAUUGAAAAACAUAUGAUUGUUGUACUUAAUCAAGUAUGUGUCAGUAUAACAAAACAUCCUGAAUUAUUAGAAUUUUGUUUUGAUAUCAGUGCUGAACAUGGUCCAUCUCGAUUUGUUAUAUUUUCACUUUUAAUUCCAUUUGUUCAUCGUGAUGGAGUUGCCGAUAUACCAUCAGUACAGGGUAUCACAACAGGUCAACAAGCUCGUGAUGCUUUAUUACUUAUCAUGCAAUUAUCCAAUCGAAAUGAACACAUAGCACGACAUAUCGUUGAAAAUACAAAUUUUUGUCCGAUUUUAGCAACUGGUUUAAGUGCUCUUUAUUCUGAUUUACCACAUCGUUUAUCAACAAGUAAUGAUGAAUGUUUUAUAUUAACAAAAAGAGAAUGGUCAGAAAGUCCAACAUUAGUACAAUUUAUGAAUUCUCUUCAAUUUUCGAAUGAUGUUAUUCAAAUUGCUCAUCCAACAAUUGGUCAUCAUUUAUUACAAUAUAUCUAUCAUGGAUUUCUUGUACCAGUUCUUGGUCCAAGUAUUCAUCAAGAUCUUCACGAAAUACCAUUGAAAAUUUCUGAUUUACAACAUUUUUCGAAUACAAUGGAUGAAGUUAUUGCAGCAACAGCCUAUUUAGAUUUAUUUUUACGUACAAUUCAUGAACCAGCUUUAUUAAAAGUAUUUUUAAAAUUUAUACUAUGUGCAAGAAUUGAUGAAAUAAGUUUGUUAGAUACAUUAAUACAGCGAAUUAAUUAUAAUACGAAACUUGGAUUAGUUUCAUUGGGUUUAUUUUAUACAUUAAUUAAUCUUAAUUGUGAAGAUAUUAUGUAUCGUCUUAUAUUUAUGUAUUUAAUCCCAUGUCGACAUGUUAUGUGUAGUCAACGACGACAUAUAACUGAUGUUGAAAUUUAUGGAAAAAAUGCUGAAAGAUUUCUUGCAUUGAGACCUUCAGUUUCAAAUAAAAAUGACAAUAAAGAUAGCAAUCAAAAUUCACAAUCAAAACAAGUCCAUGUUAGCUUUCAUCAAAAUGGUGAAUCUUCUAAUAAUAUUGAUCGAUAUGAAUAUACAUUUGGUGCUUAUCUUGAAGAUGCCCAUUUUAGUAUAGUUCGUUGCCGUGUUGCUUGUCGUUGUUGGACAGUACCAUAUGAUGGUGAAACACCAUCACCAGAUACAAUUAUUGGAGAUUCUGAUCUUAUAUCAUUAUCAAGUAGUAUUUCAUCAAUACAUAUUAUUGAUACUAAUAAUUCAAAAAAAUCUGAUUUAAAUUCAAAUCAAAAACAAUCGAAUAAAAAUGUAACUGCAUCAAAUGAUUCUGGUAUACAUGAAGAUGGUCUUGAUACAAAUUCUCAAACAGAAAUUUUACCAAUAAUAAUAAAAUCAACAAUAGAUGAUUUUCAAUUACCAUCAUGGCUUGCUAAUGGUGAACCUAUACCUGAUGAACUUCUUGCUAAACAUUCAUUAAAUAUUCAUUCAACAUAUUCAUAUAUAGAUAAUGAUGAUGAUAUUGAUCUUUAUCAACCAUCAUCAUAUUAUGGUUUUUCAUUUAUUGAAUUAUCUAGUAGUAGUGAAGAUUCAUGGUCAUUACAUUCAUCAAAUAAUCAAUCUACAAUAAAUACAAAUAUUCGUGAUGAAAUAAAAACAUGUGUUGAAACAUUAAAUCUAUGUUUAAAUCAAUUUCGUGAUAUGAAUGAACAAUUAAAUAAUAAAGAAAUACAAGAAGAAAAAAUUGAUGAAAAUAUUAAAAUUUUAUUAAAUGAAUUAAUUGAUCAAAUUGAAAAUAUAUCUGAUAAUGAUAAAGAUGAAAUUCAAAAUUUAAAAGAUUUAUCAACUAUAAAUUCAAUAUCAUUAGAUUAUAAUUUAUUAAAUGAAUUUUUUACUAAAAAAUUAACAUUUAAUGAAUAUUUAAUUUUACUUGAUCGUCUUAUUGAUAAUAAUAUAUUAAAAUUAUCAACAAAAACAGCUGAAGAAUUAUCAAAUGAAAUUCUUUAUCUUGCUGAUGAUAUUGAAUAUUAUAAAACAAUGAUUAAAAUUGAUAAUAAUAAUGAUAUUGAUCAAAAUUUAUUAAAUAUUAAUUUAGAUAAUCAAUAUCAUCAACAAUUAUUAUCAAAUACACAAUCAAAUUAUUCAGUUAUAUCAUUUUUACAACAAUCAACAUCAAUGGAUAUAUCUCUAUUAGGUACAAAUGAUAUGUCAAAUCAAAUACAAUCAACUUUAAUUACAUCAACUGUUCAACAACAAACAACAACACCUGCUGGAAAAAUGUCUGAUGUUGGUCCGUUUUUACGAACCAUAUUUUCCAAAUUAGAAAAUAUGUUACAUAAUUCUUUACAUGUCAAUCUAUUAUUGACGGGUAUUAUAGCCCGAUUAGCACAUUAUUCUCAACCAUUAUUACGUUCUUUAUUACUUAAUCAUAGUCUUGUACUUGAAACAAAUGUUAAAUCACUUUUCCAAAUUCUUUCAAAUCUAAAGUCAAAACUUGAAACAACUUCUCAAACAUUCAAUGAUUUUGAUUAUCUAAUUGAAUUAGCACAUGAUACAUUAUAUCAACGAGAAAAUAGUGCAAAAGAAUUUGAUGAAAUGCAAAGACGAGCACGUUCUCCAUCAGGAUCACAAUCAAAAUCUAUUGAGCCAGACAAAGACGAAGAAAGAGUUUUUUUGGAAAUUCAGCAAUCACCUAUAAAAGAACGUUCAUCAAAACGAAGUCGUAUAUUAGAUUUCUUUCGUGGUCGUGUUCGACCAUCUGAUCAAACAGAUAAAAAUUCAAAUGUUCAGAAUCAACCUCAUACGUCAUUUAUUGAUAAAACAUCAAUGAAAUUUAUUAAUAUUCGUGAUCAUAAUCCAACAAAUUCAAUAAAUGAAUGGGAUGAUCUAAAAACUCGUAAUAUAGCUUAUUGUGGUGUUAUAUUUAAUGAAUUUCUUAAAGAACUUGCUGCAAUAACAUUAGAACAUAGCGUACAACAAUUUGAUGAUGAUCAAAUAUUUGAUGAUAUGUUACCCAUAUCAUUAAUGCUUUAA